AUGGCCUCCUCUGUUUUUUUCAAGUUUAAGUCGCAGAAGGAGCCCACGCGCGUCGAGUUUGAUGGAACUGGCAUCUCUGUAUUUGAGCUCAAACGUGAAAUCAUCCUCAAGAGUGGAUUAGGCGAUGGCUCCGAUUUUGAUCUCUUCAUCUACACAGAUGAUAAUUCAGAAGAAUACGACGAUGAUACCACCAUCAUCCCCAGAUCAACCACGGUGGUUGCCAGACGCCAGCCGGCAACCAAACCCGGCGCCGGGCGAGCAGCUCGAUAUGUCUCCGGCAAAAUGCCAGUGUCGGCAAAGAAUGCAGGUCGUAAAGAGCAAGCUGCUAAGGCCGCCGCCGCCAAGUCGAGUUCCCAUGCUAUUAACCAGAUGAACAAUGCCAUGACAGAAGAGGAGAAGAUGGCCGCUAUGUUUGCUGCGCAAACAGAGCAAUGGUCUGCUCAGCAAGAAGAAAUGUCUCAUCAAACGCCAGUGUUUAAGCCCGGUCAACAAAAGCGACCCGCCAAUGUUCCGGACCAUGACCCCCCCAAUGGUUAUAUCUGUUACCGCUGUGGUAACAAAGGCCACUGGAUUCAGCUUUGCCCUACUAACGAUGACCCUGAUUUUGACAACCGCCCGCGCGUGAAGCGAACCACUGGUAUUCCCCGUUCAUUCUUGCAAAAGGUGGACAAGUCGGUUGUUCUUGCACAGAGCGAAGGUGACGAGUCAAAACGGCCGUCUGGUAUUAUGGUCAAUGCUGAGGGCGAUUUUGUGAUUGCUGAACCUGACAAGGCGUCAUGGGAGAAGUUCCAGGCCAAGGCAAAGACCUCAUCCACUGUCAAGGACAGCUCAACGGAGGACAAGGAGAUUCAGGAGCGUGGACUUGAGUGUUCAAUUGACAAGAAGAUGUUUAUAGAACCAAUGAAGACACCUUGCUGCAAGAAGACGUUUUGCAAUGAUUGCAUCACCAAUGCUCUCAUAGAAAGCGACUUUAUUUGCCCUGCCUGUCAGACUGAGGGUGUCUUGAUUGAUGACCUGCAGGCGGAUGAAGAGUCUGCUCAGAAAAUCCAAGACUACCUUAAGGAGAAGGAGGCAGCCAAAGCGCAGGCACCAUCCCCCACCGAGAAUGCCAACCCGGACUCCGAGAAGGACAUUAAGACGGAGCCUGAAACCUCUUCAGAGCAGCCAGCCCAGAAACCCACCGACCUGUCGGCCCAGCAGACUGAGGUUGAAUCUUCAAGAAGGAAAUCCGAAGCAUCAUCAGCAACGGUCAAGUCCAAGUCGCCAACUCCACCACCUGCAAAUGGCAAAUCACCUCUAGCUGGACCGAAACCAACAGCUACCGGAUCCCAAGCAGUGGAUACGACAAAAUCCCAGGGGAUCAAGCCUGAAGAGACGAAUUCCAAGAAGCGGCCCGCAGAUGAUCUCCUCGAGAACCCCAAGAUCCCCAAAGGACCCAAGGCAAUGCAGAAUCAACAAGCCCAGAACCAAAUGAAUAACAUGAUGAACGGCAUGAACAAUAUGGGAAUGAAUGGAAUGAUGUUCAACGGUAUGCCUAAUAUGAUGCCCAACAAUAUGAUGAACAUGCCCAAUAUGAACAUGAACAUGGGGAUGCCAAUGAUGGGAAUGCCCAUGAUGGGCAUGCCUGGGUUUCAAGGGAUGAACGGCGGCAUGAACGGGAUGAAUGGAAUGAACGGAGGCUUUGGGGGCAUGAACGGAUGGGAUAUGAACGGGAUGGGAGGUAUGAAUCCCAUGGCAGGGUUCAACAUGAACAUGAAUGGCAUGGGAGGCCCCGACAUGAACCCUAUGGCCGGUUUCAAUAUGAACAUGAAUGGCGGCGGAUUCCCCAAUGGCGGAGUAGGUGGUGGUGGUGGUGGUUUUCCCCAAACUGGAACCGAGGAAGAUGCGUAUUUCCGCAAGCCCGUGAACCCGCAUCGACAUCAGAACAAGCAGCGGCGU